CUCCAAUCCCCCCCCCCCCCCUCCCGCAGCGUAGCUCUGAUGUAUCAUCCUCCCUCUCCGAUCUCUGCUUCUACUGCUUUCGAUACCCGUCGCUGUAAUUUUAGCUCCCGUUCGCCCUUGGAGUGUCGACAGUGGCUAGUUGAUGUAGAUUCUGUGAACAAAGUGUGUGACCUAUCGUUGGCUGUAUGUGGCGGUGGAGUGGAAGAUCGUAGAGAUUAUAGAGUUGAGAGUGGGGCUUUACGGCGCAAUGCUUGAGGCGGGAAUUUAGUGGAGAGAUUUUGUUUGUUGGAGGGAACUGGGAGUAGAAGCCGAAUUGGAGGAGUUGCGGUGCCAAAUUACGACAUGAAGGGGGUUUCCGCUAGGUUGAGGAGCUCCCCGCGAGGUGCAGUAGAUGCGGUGGUCAAAGAGCGGGAGCCUUUCUGCGUCGGGCCGCAUCGUGCGAAGAGUGCUAGUCCAGCUCGGAAGGGUCGCAGUAACGGCGAGAAUGUGCCUCCUGAUGUCAAUGUCGCUGAGGGAAUGUCACCUGUGCAGUCGAAGGCUGAUAAGCCGAAGGCAGCUAAAAUCAGCAAUAGUCCAGCUCUUCCACCGAAGUUUCCAAGGCCUUCUCUAGGUCGAAAUGCAUCUGCUCUCACGCAACUGCAAGACAAGAUCCCUGGAUGCGAUCAGGGAAGCAACAUUAAAAGGAAAAUAAACUGGGAUAUGCCCACAGGUGCCUCUUCAGACGACAUGAUCAAGACUUCAGCUGUAGAGACAUCUUCUGCUGAUUCAGGAGUGAAGGUAAUUCUAAGAGUCAGGCCCUUGAAUAAGAAAGAAGAGGCGGAGGAAGCUGAUCGAGUAGUGCGUAGUGUGACGUCUACGAGCGUAUCGCUCUCUGACCAGCAGUUCACAUUCGAUGCAGUGGCAGGAGAAGUUUCAUCGCAGGAAGCUGUCUUCAACUUGGUGGGGCUACCUAUGGCGGAGAAUUGUCUCGCUGGUUUUAACAGCUCCAUCUUCGCAUAUGGGCAGACGGGUAGUGGGAAGACCCACACCAUGUGGGGCGUGAUGUCUGACACGCAGGACAUUCCAUCGGAUGACCGAGGCCUUACAUCCCGAGUUUUUGAGAUGCUUUUUGCGAGGAUCCAGAGGGAGGAAUUAAAUAAUAUCAACAAGCAACUAGUAUACCAGUGUCGAUGCUCCUUCUUAGAGAUCUACAAUGAACAGAUCACAGAUCUGUUGGAGCCCUCUCAGAAGAAUCUCAUGAUUAGAGAAGAUACGAAAACGGGUGUAUAUGUGGAAAAUCUCAGUGAAGAGUUCGUUUCAUCAGUUCAGGAAGUCACGCGGGUCCUGGUCAAGGGUUUGGCUAACAGAAGAGUUAGUGCCACAUCAAUGAAUAGUGAAAGCUCGCGCUCGCAUUGCGUAUUUACGUGUGUGAUAGAGUCCCGAUCUAAGGGUGAAGGCGAGGGUAUCAGCAGUGUCAGAAGCAGUAGACUGAAUCUUGUAGAUUUGGCAGGCUCAGAGAGACAAAAACAGACGGGGUCUGCUGGUGAGCGGCUCAAAGAGGCUGGAAACAUCAACAAAUCUCUUUCCCAGCUCGGAAACGUUAUUAACAUAUUGGCCGAAGUAUCUCAAUCCGGAAAGCAUCGUCAUGUACCAUAUAGAGAUUCUCGUUUAACAUUUUUGCUUCAAGAGUCGCUUGGCGGGAACGCGAGGCUCGCCAUGAUUUGUACCGUCUCUCCAGCAAGUUGCUGCAGAAACGAAACGCUUAGUACAUUAAGAUUUGCUCAGAGGGCAAAGGCCAUUCAGAAUAAGGCUAUCGUGAAUGAGGAGAAAGCUAAUGAUGUGAAUCUUCUCCGUGAACAAAUCCGUCAGCUCAAGGAGGAACUGACAAGGAUGAAAUCCAACACCGCCACAGAGGCCGGCGAUGGCAGUGGAUACACCACUGGGUGGAACGCACGCAGAAGCUACAACCUACUCAGGCUCAGCCUUGGCCAUCCAAUGACAGCUCCUCUUUUCGCAGACGAUGUAGCUGACGAUGGUAAGAAAACCGAUGAAGACAUAGAAUCUAGUACAGACGAAGCAAACAUUCGUCUCUCGAGUGGAACUAAUGUAGUUCAGUCUCUGAAUAUGGAUUCUCCAGGUGCCCAGAAGUCCGCUAAGAUGAAGAUGCUCAAUAUAGAUGUGGCGAAUGGUAGGUCAGCAUCUUCAAAUGGUGAAACAGCUCUUACACCAUGUAAAGAACUGGAUGACACUCCAAACUUGGAGUCUCCGACGCUCGGCUUGGCAGAAGGUCGCAGAUUUAGUCUCCAAAAUGUGGACGUGAGUAGAUUACCCACGGAUACGUCACCUAAUCUUCAGUCGCCGAAGUACAGCUACUCUCCGAAAGGAAACAAAAAAUCUAUCGGGACUAGCGCCAUGUUUGGGCUUGUUUCGCUUGCAGAGAACGAAGACGUUGUGGACUUCGGAGCCCCUGUUGGCGUAACCCGUCUUCGGAGUGCCAAGUCUUUGCCUUCUCCUUCUCCCAGAGAUCGCCUUGCAGCGAGCCUUCAGAAAGGUCUUCAAAUUUUGGAUAAUCAUCAACAGAACUCUCUUCGAAGGUCGACAAACUUAAGGCUCUCCUUCCAAUCUACAGACCCCAAAAGCCCCCAAAGCGCAACUAGUAUUUGUUCACAAUGCUCUAUGCGUUCUUCUGGGGCAGGUUCCCGAUCCAUCCCCCCACCUGUCACUCCGAACAGGAAAUCGUGGACUAAGGAGAUAGGAGUGCAGACAUCCCCUCUCAAGGAACUCACUGAGAGUUCUGAGUUGGCUAACCUCAACGAGGUUGCUUGCAAGACGAUGCUGCCAGACUCUCCAAGUAGUUCUAUUGAAACGGUGGAAGACAACAAGGGGAACAAAAAGGAAGUCGGUAUCCUCAAACCGGAUUAUGUACAGGCAAUUCAGGCAUUGCUGGCUGGUUCUAUCAGAAGGGAAAGGGCUGCUGAAGAGAUUAUGACCCAGCAAGCUGCAGAGAUUGAACAGCUUAACCGUUUGAUGCGUCAAUAUAAGCACGAAAGGGAAUGCAAUUCAAUUCUCCAGCAAAGUCGUCAAGAAAAGAUUGUCCGACUGGAAUCCCUAAUGAGUGGUGUCCUGCCUCGUGAAUCCUUUCUUAAUGAGGAGUGGGCAGCCCUUUUGAAAGAGCAUAAGAUUUUACAAGAGAAGUUCGACAAACACCCUGAGGUAACACAUUCCAAAAUAGAGCUUGAGAGGUUACUAGACGAGUUGGAUCGUUACAAGACAUUCUUUGAUCUCGGAGAAAGAGAGGUCCUUUUACAAGAGAAUAUGGACUUGCGUAACCACCUGCAGAGCUACCUCGAUUGUGAUACGCGUGGACCAGCAAAGCAUCGGCGACUCUCUAUAACCGCGAAGUCGAUUCGAGAAUCAGCAGCUGAUCUGAGCCUUCGCACCGCAGUUACGGACGGUCCGUCAACCCCUGAAUCGCUGGAUACCCAUCAACUGGCGAACGAGAGGGAGCUGUGGCAGGAAAGAGAGCUCAAAUGGCUAACUUUGAUGGAAGAGAUACAAGCUGAGUCUGAAAAAUAUAGGCUUCUUGCGGAGAACAGGAGGGUCGAACUGGAUGGAGAGAAAAGGUGCGCAAAGGAACUUCAAGAUGCGCUUCAAUUGGCAAUGGAAGGUCAUGCGCGGCAGUUAGAGCAGUAUGCUGAGCUUCAGGAGAAGCAUGUUGCACUCCUGGACAAUAACCGGAAGAUACGAGAAGGCGUGAUGGAUUUAAAGCAGUUAGCCAAGAAGACUGGUGUUACCACUACAGAUACAAGUUGGUUUGAGUGCCAAGCUGAGCAGCUUGUGGCCAUGAGGAUUGACCACGAGCUUCAAAGAGAUGCUGCUAGAGACGAGGUGCGGGCCUUGCGUGCGCAGCUUCAAGAUACUGUCGAAGCAGUCUCAGCAGCUGGGGAACUUCUGGUGAGGCUUAAGGAGGCAGAGGAAGCAAUGUGUUUGGCCCAGGAUGCGGCAGCAAUGGCUGGUCAAGAAGCCAAUUCAAUUCGUAGGGAAAUGGAGAGAUUGCGAAAAGCACAUGAGAGUGAAAUUGCUACCUUGCAACAAACCUUGCUGGAGACGCGUUGGCAGAAACCUCAGCUCUGUCCCAUGUGUGUCAUGGCCGAGCGGGUCAAGUUCGAGUUCACGGAGCCUGAUGCUGACACCAUGGCCAAAACAGAAUCCAGGUCUGCAUCGCUGCAUUUCAGAUCAUUGUCUUCUCCCGCAUUCAGUACUCGACAUAGCUACAACAGUGUGGUUGAUGGAGAGUACACGAAGGAUAAUUACGAAGAUAGCAUCGCUGGAGAGCUCGAAGCUAGGCCACAUUUCCUAGAUAAUCUAGACAUUGACGAGUUUGUUGAUGAGCCUCUGUGAUGCGAACAAGCUGUAACUAUACAAACGAAUUAACGCAUCAAAACAAAUAUGUAGAAUAUUGAAAUCUGUAGGUCUCAUGUACAAUUGUACAUGAGUUAGACUGCUUCAGGUGGGAGGAUAUCGGAAGGCCCCACAUGGACAACCUUCAUUAUUUUAUGAGGACGAGUGGAUUCGUGACUCCCGAUGAGUGUAUCUUUAGCAACCGUGAAACAUUCCUCUCGGCAUUUGCAUCUGUAGUCUCACAGUCUUUUUCGUUAACUGAUGCCAACGUUCAUUGGCAAUGUCAUUCA